AAAGCGCACAGGAUAGAGCGGGUAAGAACUUAGUCCCGCCACUCUGCAGCCUUAUCCCUGCUCUCUCCGCCCCAGUCUACAGCCAUGGCACUAAGUAUCACCUCCACAUCGUCUCCUCUAAACACCAACCUGCAACACCAUCUUCUCCCAGGCACAGGCAACCCACUCUCUCUAUUCUUUCCCCAAACCCAUUUUCAACUGAAGAGGGGGCCUUCAUAUGCUAUAAAUGCCUCUCUUUCAGCUUCCAAGGAGUGGGUACUCAAGGAAUUCCAUGCGCGAAAGGCUCUAAAGAUCAUAUCAGGGUUGCAAAAUUUUGACGAGGAAAAUGUGGCUGCUGUUGUUACUGCCGCAGAAAAGGGAGGAGCAACGCAUGUCGACAUAGCUUGUGAACCUGACUUGGUGAAGCUUGCAGUCAACAUAACUUCUCUUCCGAUUUGUGUUUCUUCUGUGGAUCCAGAAGCAUUCCUUGCUGCUGUGGAAGCAGGGGCCAAGAUGGUUGAAAUUGGAAAUUAUGACUCCUUUUAUGAAUUUGGAAGAAUAUUUCCUGCAGAAGAGAUAUUGCAGUUGGCAAUAGAAACAAAAAGGAUUCUCCCAUUGAUUACACUUUCUGUCACUGUUCCCCAUACACUCCGCCUUCCUGAUCAGGUAAAGCUAGCAGAGUUAUUGGAAUGUGAAGGUGUUGACAUCAUUCAAACUGAAGGAGGCAAAUAUUCCAAUCCUUCGGAACCAGGUGUUCUGGGUCUGGUCGAAAAGGCUACCCCCACUUUAGCAGCUGCAUAUUCCAUAUCACGAGCUGUCAAAAUUCCUGUUAUAUGUUCAUCUGGAUUGAGUGCAGUUACAGCACCUAUGGCCUUGGCAGCAGGAGCAUCUGGUGUGGGAGUUGGUUCGGCGGUGAACAAGUUGAAUGAUGUGGUUGCCAUGAUUGCAGAGGUCAGAAGCAUAGCAGAUGCCAUUGGGCUGCCGGUGAAAUCUCCAGCUGGAGAUGUUAGAAGUGUUCAUUUCUAGACUUGUAAAUUUCAUAAUCUUGGCCAAGUCUCGUUAAGAUAUACAAUCUUUUUAUAACUUUGAUUGUGCAAGGUGACUACAUGGGCCAAAAUUUCUUGCUCAAAUAUGUCUAAUAAUUGUUCUUCGUUUCCUCUG